UAUACUUACCACACCACAUUAGAAAAAGAAAACAUAUUUUGAUUGCUUUUAUGCUAAAAUUAUUAGAUGCCAUGUUAAAAUCAUCAUCCACUACCUAAGAAAGAAAGGGAUAAUUGGUGCGUCUAUAGUUGCUGUUAUAGCUGGCUUCAUAAGUAUUAAAACUUUCACUUAUAAAUGGCUCCUGCUUGUUCGAGCUAUCUUUGGCUUGGGUCUCGGAGGGGGGCACAUAUAUUACACAUGGUUCGAGGAAUUUCUUCCAACCCCAAAUCAAGGAAUUUGGAUGGUUGCGUUUUCAGGCUUCUAUACAUUCGGAACGAUAGUGCAAGCUCUUCUUGUUUGGUUGAUAAUCCCCAAUUAUAGUUGGAGAUGGCUAAUGGGAGCAGCUAUAGCUCCCCAUUUUGCUGCAUCAUGUCUCAUUUGGUUGGUACCUGAAUCUCCUAGAUUUCUUUGUGAACAAGGACGAGUGGUUGCUGCACAUUUUGUCUUGGUAGCAGGAGCUGCCAUCAAUAGUAGAAAACUACCUGAACGCACGCUCAUUUAUGAUCAAGUAACUUCCAAUGUGGGUAUAGAUCAGCCCGUAAGAACACGUGGACCUCUAGAGAGACUAGAGGAGGCCCACGUCGGGCAUGGCAUUAGUUCACCGUCAAUAAAUCAUGAGGAUUCAACCGACUCAACUCUAACCCUUCCUCUCUUAAAUAAAAGUUAUGCCAAUCCAAAUGAUUUUGAUUCUCAAGAAACUGGUUCUGUUUUUGAUGGUUCACCACGAAGUACUCGUAACAAUUUGGGUACUUUGGCUCAAACAGAUAUAGUCAAUGAUGAUAAUUCUGCCAAUACAGGUCAAAAUCCUCUUGAAUCUGUCACUGGUGACUUUCUUGGCCAUUUAGAAGAAAGUGCUCACAAUUCUGCUGACAUUUCUAUGUAUUCACCAGAAAGAACUAAUUCUUUGACUGAGAUAUUCGAUGAUGAGCAUGAUGAGAGACAUAAUGAUGAGAAUGAUGAUGAGAGAGUUAAUGAUGCGAAUGAAAUUUCUACCAUUCAAGAUGAGAGACUUAAUAUUGUAAAUGAUGAUGAGAGGCAGAAUGAUGAGAAUGAAAUUCAUACUAUUCACGAUGAGAGAUCUAAUGAUGUGAAUGAUGAUGAGAGGCAGAAUGACGAGAAUGAAAUUCGUACCAUUCAUGAUGAGAGAUUCAAUGAUGUGAAUGAUGAUGAGAGGCAGAAUGAUGAGAAUGAAAUUCAUUCCAUUCAUGAUGAGGGAUUUAACGAUGUGAAUGAUGAUGAGAGACAGAAUGAUGAGAAUGAAAUUCAUAUAAUGGUACCUCAGUUGCCGUUUUCUUCUUCUUUUGGAAGCGGUUCACAUAGCAUAACCUCGAUUUUAUCACCAAGGUGGAGGCGCACAACAUUAUUAAUCUGGGUAUUGUAUUUUUUUAACACGUUCAAUUACUAUGAAUUUGUGCUCCUGACGUUCCAAUCAAGCCCUGGCUCACUUUUUACUGCCAAAGAUUUCAAGAAUUCUUGGCCUUUGCGCAAUGUUUUUAUCAUUAGCUUGGCGGAGAUCCCUGGGCUUAUAAUUGCAGCUAUUAUGUUGAAUAAGUUUGAACGCAAAUUUUCAAUCAUAAUCCUUCUGGUGGCAGGAGCAUUUGUGAUAUUUCUUAUAAUGUUCUUUCAAGGCAAAGUGUUGACUCUGAUUUUAAUGUUUUUAGCCCGCAUGUUUAUGUGGUCGAGCUUUGUAUUGGUUCAGAUUUAUUCCACAGAGGCUUUUCCGACAACAUUAAGAACAACCGGAGUUUUGGUGGCGACGGCGCUAGGUAACACCCGGGGGACGGUGUGGCCAAUCAUAUCUAGCAUAAUUCAUGAAAGUGGCUACAUGCUCCCAUUUCUGCUUUAUGAGGCCAAAAUGCUUGUAACCGGACUCUGUGUUUCGUUAAUUCCGGUUGGGACCACACAGAGGAAUUUGGAGCUACCUGUUCAACAAAAUCGACCGGGGGAUUAGAUGUCUUUCAUUGUUAUGAGCAUUGUGAUGCUAUAUAUUCUCUUUGAUCAUAUAUUUGAACUGUGAGGAGCUAUCUUAGUACUUUGAUGAAUUAGGAAUAUAGUAGUAAUAGUUUUAUGUAUAAAGAGCAUGUGUGUUCAACUCUUAAUUAACUGAGCUUAUGUGCCCA